GUGCCCUUGUUCUUUAUCCUUUAACAUGGCAGUUGACAUCCCCAAACUCGAGACAUUUGAACUCAAAUUGCACGCUACCGGUGUUGCAGAGAUUAUAUUCAACAGACCACAACGUUACAAUGCCUUGUCUCGCUUGGCGUAUGCCGAAUGGCUUGCUGCUAUAAGAUGGGCUGCCCGCUGCGACGAAGCCAAGGUUACCAUCAUUACUGGUAAUGGAAAGUAUUAUACCAGUGGCCAGGAGCUGACCAUGCCUGAACCAGUUACUGAGUCGAACGAUUCCGACGAUAUGGUUGCCAUUGCUAAGAAGGGCUCCGCUAAUACAAAGGCGCUUAUUGAUGAGAUGAUUAAUUUUCCCAAGUUACUCAUUGCUGCCGUCAACGGUCCUGCUAUCGGAUUUGGUGUCACAACUUUAGCUCUUUGUGAUGUUGUUUACUCUGUACCUCAUGCUACUUUCAAGACACCCUUCAUGCAACUGGGAUUCUGUGCCGAAGGAUGUUCUUCACUUUUAUUUCCUCGUAUCAUGGGUCCAUCCCGAGCUAACGAGAUGCUUUUGAUGAAUCGCCAAUUUACCGCCCAAGAAUUGGAACAAACUGGUUUCAUCGGUCGAAUUUUGCCAGCAGAAGGCUUCCAUGACCACGUUUUGAAGCUUGCAACCGAUGCUGCCAAAUUCUCAUUGGAGGCAUUGAAGACCACCAAGAAGCUUGUUCGAGAUGCAGAUAGGGAAUCGUUGUUGAAGGUGAACGAGGUUGAAAUCCAGAGACUUGCUGAAAGAAUGGCAAGCGAUGAUUGCAUACAGAGACUUUUGGAAUUUGUUGAACUUGCUCAGAAGAAGAAGCAGCAGAAAUUGAAAAGCGCUUCUAAAUUGUAAAUUAUACAUCUACUUUGUCGCGUAAUAAAGCUAUCAUAUGUAUGAUCCAUUGUUCGG